AGCAAGUGGCGUCAGUGCUCUUUCUGGUUUCACGAUCGCGAGAUCGCCGGUCUACCUGUCCUGAUGAGAAGAGAAUUUCUCAGUCGUGGCCCAGUGAUACUGGGUCAUCAUGCCACGGCUACGAGGUGAAAUCAUCGCCGGUCUCACCGUCAUUUUUAUCACAAGCGUUUCAUCCAUCGAAUAUGGUCUUGAGAAGCACAACUGUUCACGGCCUUGCACUUCCGGAACGGGUCCAAAGAGGUGCAGCUAUAGUUUCUUCGUUGAAGAAGUACCGGUAACAGCCAGGUCUUGUAGUAAUUUAGCCGACGUGAAAAAUGGACAAAAUACAACGUGUUCCGAAAUGUUUAGUGAUAAAAGUAAUCUGGUCAUUAACGGAAGAAGUCCUGGUCCAGCGAUAGAGGUGUGCCUUGGCGACACGGUUGAAAUUUUCGUUUAUAAUAAAUUGAAAGCAAUGGAGGUAUCUUUUCACUGGCACGGCAUUAUACAAAAAGGGUCAACUCAUAUGGAUGGGGUGGCUAUGAUAACUCAAUGUCCGAUUUUACCAUAUAGUGCUUUUCGAUACGCCAUGAAGCUAGAAACUCCUGGAACAUACUUCUAUUAUGCCCACGCAGCUCCGCAACAAGGCGAUGGAUUGUACGGCUCGUUAGUUGUUCGCAAACCAGAUGACAACCCAUCUCUAGAGAAAACUCUAAUGUUUUCUGCGAGAUCAUCGACACCACUGACACACUUUUCCAUUCUGAACCCACAACCGAUCGAACUACUCGUAAAUGGCCAGACCGGUGACAAAGAAACAGUACUAAAUAGUGGAAGGCGUUACAAGUUACGUCUCAUUAAUGCAAAUGUUUUCAACUGUCCGAUAUCGUUCUCCAUUGCAAAACAUCACCUUGAAGUUGUUGCCAUCGAUGCCAGUCCUUUGCAAAAAAUUACCUCAGCAUCUCAUGUGAUUAUGUUUCCAGGUGAAAGAUUCGAUGUCAUCGUGGAAACAAAUCAACCUCCAGGGAAAUACUUAAUGCUCAUCCAGGGGCUCCAAAGUUGUGAAGGAUUAUUUUACCAUAAUCAUUUUACCUAUGGUAGUCAUCUAAGAAAUUUGAGUACAAUUAAUGAUCAGCGAAUGUACUUCUCUCAGGAACAACUUGCGACCUUAGAGCACGGUUUUGACUGUCAUAGGUUAUUUAAAAAUGUUAUAUGUGCACAUGAUAUGAAAGUUGCUCACGAAGAAGCUCAGGAUGAAGCACAGGAAACCUUCUACGUCUCUUUCGACGUUAAUCAUUUCAACGAUUUCACCGAUGACAUGACCGACUACAAUUUCAAAAUCUACGAGAUCGUUAAUUAUCCGUCGUACUUAAGUAUAUCAGCAGAGGGGGCAAAUAUUCCCCAAAUCGGAGGAAUGACAUUUAAAUACCCAUCAUCGCCAAUUUUGUCGCAAGAAGAAAACACUCCAAAAGAGUUAGUUUGUACUCUAGAAAGUCGUUCCGAUUUGUGUUCCGACACGCCAUUAUUCUGCGAGUGUUUGCAAAUCCUCGAAAUUCCUGCAAAAAAAACAGUAGACAUAGUUCUGUUGAACGAGGGGUUUGGAAGUAAUAUCUCAUUCACUUUCCACUCACACGGGCACAAUGUGAAUGUUAUCGGAAGAGGAAGCUUUGAAAAGCCAAUCUCUAAGGAAGAAAUUAAAUCUCUGGAUAACAAAGAACAGUUACACCGAAACAGCAUAAAUCCAUUGAAGAAGGACUCCUUUGUUGUUCCGAGUAAAGGAUAUGUUAUUCUUCGAUUUCAUGCUGACAAUCUUGGUUACUGGUUAUGGGAAGUGAGAAGCACUGCAAUUGCACCAAUGAUUCUCGGGCCUGGUAUGCAAUUUCUUAUGCGCGUUGGUACCUCUGAAACAAUACCAAUCGUGCCAAUAGAUUUCCCGACAUGCGGGAGCAACAAAGGACCAGCCUUAAUUUUCGAAUCCGAUGACUGAACUUUUAUUGCAACAUUCUCUUUUCCAUCUCCAUGCCUUGCAUUACGUUCGUGACAACGUCCUUAUAUAUUUACUGAUAUAAUGAAAUAAUUUAUUGCAUACAACCAAUGACACAAAGUAGCAACCUCGGGAUCGUCCAAGAGUACAUUCAAACUACAUUUAUAAUAGAGUGUCGUCGAACUUAAAUAUGAUUUUAGACUAUUGUCACGUCCAACAUAUAGCUAGCUUUUCAAGACCUCAAACCGGACAUAUAUUUUACACGGCGCAACCACAAAAUGGAAAUCGGUGAACGUGGGAGUGGAUUUUAAGUUCCUAAUCAGCGAUGCUCCCAAGGACAGUUUUUCUUAACGUCCUGGACAUGAUAUUAUAUCGAGGUUGUACUUUUAAGACGCAUUGAGAAUGUUAGUCUUAGCUUAGUGACAGAAUAUAAUAU